AUGUCUGGACCGGCAGACAACCCCGCAUCUGUACCUGAUGGCCAGUCGAACCCCAUAGAGGUCGCCAAUCCUGAUACUAGCAGUACGAUUCCAAAUUUGGAUACCAAUAACAAAGGUCAACUGGAAAACAAUGCGCCGUCAUACUUCAGCAACCUCCAGGGAGCCAAAUUCGAGCCUGUGGGUCCUUCUGAUCAGUCAAUAUCAGAAGAAGCUGGAAAGAGCCCAGGAGCAGGCCAGGAUUUAUUGCGUCGCUUGAGCUUGAUUGGAGAGGCAUCACCCAUGUCACCUGAAUCUGACCCGCGCAUACAGCAUCCAGGACUGAAACUGAGCGGGCGCUUGAUCAGCGCUGCCUUCUGCAUCCCAUAUAAGCUCCAAUUUCAAUCAGGGUCGAACUGGACCAUCAAGCCACGCUCCGGCAGUUCCGCAUUGUUCGAUUCGUUUGCCCAUCUGACAUCAAACGAGACUCCAUGGUCCCACACCCUAGUGGGGUGGACCGGAGAAGUUGAACCCGUUGUGGACACAAAGCCUCCUCUACAGCAGGUGUCUGCCAACGUGGCUGUCAAGUCGCCGCCUACUAGUAACGCUUCCCCUGUCAACAAAGCGGCUGCACCGGUCCCGGUAAAUGCGAAACAACCGCAGCCAACACAUCCUCUGGUGGAGGGCCUGAAGGUUGGACGUGAGGAUCGAGAGCGACUUGAUAAUCAAUUGUCCUCUGGGCGCUAUGGCCGCGUUCUACCGGUUUGGCUAUCUAGUGAAUUGGAGGAACCGGGUGAUACAAUUUUACUACAAGACCAAGGGCGAUGGCGGCGAUAUGCCGAACGUGAACUGUAUCCGCUGCUGCAUUACAAGCAGCAUGGCCCAACAGAUGGUCGCGCAGAGCGACAGGCAUGGGCUGAUUAUAUUCGGCUGAACCAGCUGUUCGCGGACCGCAUUGCGGAAGAGUACCAGGAAGGUGACGUCGUAUGGAUACAUGACUACCACCUGUUCCUUCUGCCCAGUAUGCUCCGACAGCGCAUUCCGAACAUCUAUUUGGGAUUCUUUUUACACUCCCCAUUCCCUAGCAGUGAGUUUGUACGCUGUCUUGCAAAGCGCAAGGAGGUGUUGACUGGAGUUCUCGGUGCCAACAUGAUUGGCUUCCAAACAUUUUCCUACUCUCGCCACUUCUCUUCCUGUUGUACCCGUGUUUUGGGAUUUGAAUCAAACUCCGCAGGUGUGGAUGCAUAUGGUGCCCAUGUUGCUGUGGAUGUCUUCCCCAUUGGAAUUGAUGCCCGUGCUAUCCAGCAAGCGGCAUUUGGAGCCCCAGAUAUCGAGAAAACUGUAGCAGGUAUUCGCAAAUUGUAUGCGGGUCGGAAGAUCAUCGUUGGGCGGGACCGGCUAGACAGUGUCCGGGGAGUGGCACAGAAGCUGCAAGCAUUCGAAAUCUUCCUCGAAAGAUAUCCUGAGUGGCGCGACAAGGUUGUUCUUAUCCAAGUGACCAGUCCAACUAGCGUGGAAGAGGAGAAAGAGGACCCCGAGAAUAAGAUGGCCAGUCAGAUUUCUAAUCUAGUCUCAACCAUCAACGGCCGCUUCGGGUCGUUGAGCUUCUCCCCGGUUCAGUAUUAUCCGCAGUAUUUGACCCCAGCCGAGUACUUUGCUUUGUUGCGCGUGGCUGAUCUUGGACUGAUCACCACUGUGCGAGAUGGCAUGAACACCACGAGCCUCGAGUACAUCGUCUGUCAGCACAUGAAUCACAGUCCCCUUAUUCUCUCUGAGUUUUCUGGUACUGCAGGAACCCUCCCUAGUGCCAUUCAUAUCAACCCAUGGGACUUGGUCGGCGUCGCCGGCGCCAUUGAUCAAGCUCUGCAGAUGCCAGCCGACGAGCGGAAAGAGCAGCAUAUGAAGCUUUACAAACACGUUAUUACAAACACAGUGGACACAUGGUCGCGCCAAUUCCUCCAUCGUCUUCUAACCAAUCUCUCGUCUUUUGAUCAAUCCGUUGCCACUCCGGCGCUGGAUCGGUUGAAGCUCGUCAAGCAGUACCGCAAGGCCCACAAGAGACUGUUCAUGUUUGAUUAUGACGGCACACUGACCCCCAUUGUUAAAGACCCUCAGGCUGCUAUUCCAUCAGAUAGGGUUCUGCGCACACUCAAGACCUUGUCGGCAGACCCACGUAACGCUGUAUGGAUCAUCAGUGGACGGGAUCAGGCCUUUUUGGAUGAAUGGAUGGGCCACAUUCCUGAGCUUGGACUAAGUGCUGAACACGGUUGCUUUAUUCGUAAGCCUGGUGAGGACGAAUGGGAGAACUUGGCUGAGCAGUCAAAUAUGGGCUGGCAGAAGGAGGUUGUGGAUGUGUUCCAACAUUACACCGAACGAACCCAAGGCUCGUUCAUCGAGCGGAAACGGGUAGCAUUGACAUGGCACUACCGCCGUGCAGACCCGGAAUAUGGAGCUUUCCAGGCUCGUGAGUGCCGGAAGGCACUCGAGGAUACCGUUGCUAAACGAUGGGAUGUGGAGGUCAUGGCAGGCAAGGCCAAUCUGGAGGUUCGACCCACGUUCGUCAACAAGGGCUUCAUUGCCACACGAUUAGUGGAUGAGUAUGGCCAUGAGCCGGGCCAGGCACCCGAAUUCAUCUUGUGCCUAGGAGAUGACUUCACCGACGAAGACAUGUUCCGGGCACUGCAGAAAUUCGACCUGCCCCAAAACCACGUCUACUCGGUGACAGUUGGUGCCAGCUCAAAACAAACUGAUGCCAGCUGGCAUCUUCUCGAGCCCGCCGAUGUCAUUAACACCAUCCAGAUGCUUAACAGCAGCGCCAGCCACGAUCACUAA